GAAUAAAAGGAGUUGGGUAGGUGGGGGGGCAAAAGGGUAAUAAUGGAGGAAACCGCUGAUGAUCUCCGACGGCACUGGUGAUUAAAGUGAGCAAAAAGGAAAGCAAGAUGCGCAAAAUCCAUGCUUCAUCACGCACUCAUAUGCCUUUUAUAGUUGCAUUUAGUUUUUGACAAAAUAAGCUUUUUCAUAUAUUUUGAUUAUAUAAACCAAGCCUUCCCAGUUUCCAUCCCAUUCUCUCUGCUUUAACCUCUCUCAAUUAUACUCUUUUCUCUCUACAAAUCUUUCACUAAUCAAACAUGUCUUGCUAUAAGGGGAAAUACCAUGAUGAGCUGAUUGCUAAUGCUACAUACAUUGGGACACCUGGUAAGGGUAUUCUUGCUGCGGAUGAGUCAACUGGUACAAUUGGAAAACGUCUUGCAAGCAUCAACACUGAGAACAAUGAGAGCAAUAGACGUGCUCUUCGUGAACUCCUUUUCACCACUCCUGGUGCUAUGGAAUGCCUCAGUGGAGUCAUUCUCUAUGAGGAAACUCUCUAUCAAUCCACAGCCGAUGGUAAGCCAUUUGUUCAAGUUUUGAAAGAAGGUGGAGCCCUCCCAGGCAUUAAGGUUGACAAAGGCACUGUUGAGCUAGCAGGAACAAACGGCGAGACAACCACACAAGGUCUCGAUGGCCUAGGCCAGCGUUGCCAAAAGUACUACGAAGCUGGUGCUAGAUUUGCCAAAUGGCGUGCUGUGCUCAAAAUUGGGCCUAAUGAGCCAUCUCAGCUAGCCAUCAAUGAAAAUGCAAAUGGGUUAGCCCGAUAUGCAAUUAUAUGCCAGGAGAAUGGGCUAGUUCCAAUUGUUGAGCCAGAGAUCUUGGUUGAUGGACCUCAUAACAUUGACAAAUGUGCGGAAGUAACAGAGCGUGUUCUUGCCGCAUGUUACAAGGCUCUAAACGACCACCAUGUCCUCCUUGAAGGAACACUUUUGAAACCUAACAUGGUCACCCCUGGAUCAGAUGCCAAAAAGGUUUCCCCUGAAGUGGUCGCUGAGUACACGGUUCGAGCUCUGCAGCGUACAAUGCCGGCGGCAGUUCCUGCUGUGGUGUUCCUCUCUGGUGGGCAGAGUGAGGAGGAAGCAACUGUGAAUCUCAAUGCAAUGAACAAGCUCAAGGGUAAGAAGCCCUGGUCGCUAACUUUCUCAUUUGGACGUGCUCUUCAGCAGAGUACUCUGAAAGCAUGGGGAGGAAAAGCCGAAAAUAUUCAAAAAGCUCAGGCUGCUUUCCUUACCAGGUGCAAGGCUAAUUCAGAAGCAACACUUGGAACUUAUAAAGGGAAUGCUAAUCUUGCAGAUGGUGCUGCUGAGAGUCUUCAUGUUAAGGACUACAAGUACUGAUUAUGAAGAAAUGUUUUAGUGUUUCUAUUUAGCUUCUUUUUUUUGUGGUUCUGUUUUUUGGUGAUUACAUUGAGGCAUGGUUAUAAGGAUGUCAUGCUCACUCAGGCAUAGGUUUAGUGAAUCUUUUAUUUUUGGCUUUCUUUUUUGCAUCUUCCCCAUCUUGGUUAUUGGGGUUAGUUUGUAGCAAUAAGCUUGAGGAUGUGCAUGUUGCAACGAUUUUCCUUCUUUAUUGAGUUUCUGAUACUAUUUUGUUUUUCUGUUA